AUGUAUACAAUCCAACGAGUAUUAUUAUUUUGCAGUGUCUGGUAUUGUACAGAGGGAAGUGAUGUAGAAAAGACGAGUACAAGAAAAUUACGUGCCAGAGACCUUGGUAUUCCAUUUGAUGGUACACCUGGAAAAUACAAUGCCAUAACAGAUGUCGAUAAUGUUCAAGUCGGGUUUCGUACAAUCAUCGAAGGUGAUUCAAUACGUACUGGCGUUACGGCCAUACUUCCACGUGGAAGUAAUAUAUCUAUUACUGAACAACGUUGUUUCGCAAAUUGGUUUAGUUUGAAUGGAAACGGUGAAAUGACUGGAAUACAUCUUUUGACUGAAUCUGGUUUUCUUUCAACUCCGAUUAUAAUUACAAAUACGAACAGUGUGGGUAUCGGCUAUACGUCUGCUUUAAAGUGGAUAUACCAACAAAAUGAAACAUCACUAGUCAAUGUUGGAGAUAUUGGUUUACCAAUUGUAGCUGAAACAUGGGAUGGAUUCUUGAAUAAUUUUCGUGAAUUUCCUAUUAAAGAAGAGCAUGUCUUUGAAGCACUAGAUAAUGCAAAACAAUCGAGUUCAUACGUUGAAGAAGGAAAUGUAGGUGGUGGAACUGGUAUGAUUAAUUUCGGUUACAAAGCUGGAACAGGAACAAGUUCAAGAAUAGUCGAUACGCUCAAUUAUACUGUAGGAGUUUUAUUACAAGCUAAUUUCGGUCGUAAAAAUCAACUCAUUAUAGCAGGUGUUCCUGUGGGACAAGAACUUCUUGACAUUGAAACUAAUACUAGUUCUGUACCGGAUAAAGAUGUUGGCUCGAUUAUUGUUAUAUUAGCUACGGAUGCUCCACUUUUACCACACCAAUUGAAACGCAUGGCAACGAGAGUUUCUCUUGGAAUAGGAAAACUAGGUGGCAUCGGUGCUGAUUCUUCGGGUGAUAUUUUCUUGGCAUUUUCAACAGCUAAUAUUACAGACAAAAGUUCAACAACAAAAGUUGCUGAAUUUCUAUCGAAUGACCUAAUAAAUCCGUUGUUCAAUGCAGCAAUUCAAUGUGUUGAAGAAGCCAUUAUAAAUUCUCUAAUAGCAGCUGAAACAAUGGUAGGAUUUGGAGGAAUUCGUGUUCCAUCUAUUUCACAUGAAAAUGUCAUCAACAUACUAAGAAAAUACAAUCGAUUAAAUGAUAGCACACAUUAA